AUGCCUAAGGGGCCAGCGGCCAAGGAACCGACCAGUCCGGCCGGCGCCGCCGCCGCCGCGGGUGACGCCUUCGCCGCCCUCCCGGACGAGAUACUGCAGCACGUCCUCUCCUUCCUCCCGGCGCAGCCGGCUGUGCGGACGUGUGUCCUGGCUCGGCGCUGGCGCCGACUCUGGGAGGGCGCGGCGGGCCUGCGCAUCACCGCCGCCAAUGCGCCCGAGCCGCCGUGCGCCCCGGACGACCUGGUGUCCUCGGGGGAGCUUCGGGAAUUCGUGGACCACCUGCUCCUCCUCCGUGGCGGCGCGCCGCUCGACAGUUGCGAGUUCUUGUUCGAUGUGCGCGACGACGUGGACGUGCCCUACGUCAACCUCUGGAUCCGGCACGUCAUCCGGUGUCAAGUUCGGCGGCUCAUGCUCAGUAUCACCCGGGAGAAUGAUGUCAGGGGCCUUCAUUUUCAUGUGGACAACCUGCCUCUUGUCUCACGGCACCUGCGGAGGCUAGAGCUGUACGACACAAAAUUGAAUGACAGCUUCAUUGAUUUAUCAGGCUGUCCGGGACUGGAAGAUCUAUAUAUCAACAAUGGUGACUUUGACCAUGCCAAGAGGAUCUCGUCUAAAUCUGUGAAGCACCUGAGUGUCAUCGAUUCCUCCUUCAAUGAGCAGAUCCGCACUAUAAUUGAUGUCCCAAGGACUAUUUCACUGUGGCUAGAGAACCCAUGGGACGGGACUCCUGUGCUUAUGAGCAUGCCAUUGUUAGCAGUGGCAUUUGUCAGAUUUGGCACCGAUUGUAUGUCGUUGGAUGAGUGUUAUAAUUCUGAAUCUGAGGAUUGUGAUGAUGAGCACUGUCAAGGGUGUUAUGGCCUGGAAGGUGAUAAUUUUAACGGUAGCACUGCCAAUGUCGCCAAAAACAAGAAAUCUGUGCUUCUGAAUGGUUUAUCAGGAGCUAAGACUUUGGUCUUGACAGAUGAAUCCCAAAAGUUCAUUUUCAAACGAGAUGUGAAAUGGUGCCCCAUGUUCAGAAUGUUAAAGACUUUGUUACUAAAUGAAUAUUGGUGUGUGCCUCCUGACUUCCGUGAAUUAGCUUGUCUUCUUGAACACUCGCCAGUUCUAGAGAAGCUCACUCUUCAAUUUUUUUCCAAGGGACCUGAACAUAAGUUUGAAAUUAUUGGAAGCUACAGUCAGAUGGAGGGAUCUGCUGCAAUAUCAGAAAACCUUAAGAUUGUUGAAGUCAAAUUUGAAGUGGCUGAUGAGGGAGUUCUGAAAGUUUUGAUCUUCCUGCAAACACUUAACAUAGGUUUUGCUUUCUAUAUUUCUGCAAAUUUGUGA